GGAGCCCCCGAGCACGACUCGGAGGGCCGGGUGAUCACGGCCGAGUUCCCGUCCCUCUUCGUGGUCAGCGCCUACGUGCCCAACGCCGGGCGGGGCCUGGUGCGCCUGGAGCCGCGGCUGCGCUGGGACUCGGCCUUCCUGGAGUUCCUGCGGGGCCUGGACGCCCAGAAACCCGUCCUGCUCUGCGGGGACCUCAACGUGGCGCACCAGGAGAUUGACCUGUGCCACCCCGGCUCCAACCGCGCCAGCGCUGGCUUCACGCCGCAGGAGCGCGAGGGCUUCUCUCGCCUGCUGGGCGCCGGCUUCGUCGACUCCUUCCGCCGCCUGUACCCCGAGGCGCGCGGCGCCUACACCUUCUGGACCUACCUGGGCGGCGCCCGCGCCCGCAACGUGGGCUGGAGGCUCGACUACUUCGUGCUGUCCCGGCGCCUGGCCGACGACGCCCUGUGCGACAGCAAGAUCCGCAGCGCCGUGCCCGGGAGUGACCACUGCCCCAUCACCGCCUACCUGGCCAUGUAGGGCAGUGACCACUGCCCCAUCACCGCCUACCUGGCCAUGUAGGGCAGUGACCACUGCCCCAUCACCGCCUACCUGGCCAUGUAGGGCAGUGACCACUGCCCCAUCACCGCAUACCUGACCAUGUAGGGCCAGCACCAGGGCUGGGAGCGGGGCAGGGUGGGCUCCAAGGGGGGGAAAGGCGGCUUAGACGGCACCAGAUCAGCUCCAAACGGCCCUAAGGUGGCUUAAAUGGCACCAGAUUGGCUCCAAACAUUGUUAAAUUGGCCCCAAAUUGGCUUCAGCAGCACCAGAUUGGCCCCAAACAGCAACAGAUUGGCUCAAAAUGGGCUUUGAUGAUGUCACCGGCUCCUUUUGCCUCCGAUUUGCCCCAGAACAGCCCCAAACUGGGGCCAAAUCCCCCCCCACAGGCCCCUCCCCCAUCCCCAGGCCCCUCCCCCGCCCCACAGACCCCUCCCCCGCCCCGAUAUAUUUUAAUAAAGCUCAGUUUUGGGGGCAAAUCCAGCGAUUUCGGGUUUAUUUACACGUCAGGCCCCGCCCCCCCCCACCAGGGGGGGUUAAUUAACAGGGCUGUUAAUUAAAUAAUAAUAAUAAUAUACAUG